UAUAAGCAGAGCCUGAGGCUGCUCUUAAUCACAUCCUUUUAUCCGUGUGUCUACUAUAAAAGGCUGGCAAGACAGAGGGUCCAGCCUGAGGUGUCACCAACUGAAGACUGGCAGAGGAAAACCCAGACUGUGAACUACUGAGCCAAAACUUGUGGGAGGAUUUAAAUAACAACAAUACGCUGUGAAUUCUGCUGGAAGAGCCCAGUGUUGUGAUUUGAAGCCUCUGCCUUUUUUUUCCAAGAAUAAGGGAGAGACCGAAGAUACAGAGGAGGAGGAGGAAGAAAUCAUGUAUUACAUAUGUUUACAGAACGAAAGAGCAGAAAAGAAAACUUGAAGUAUAGCUAAAGGACAAAAGCAAAAAAAAAAAAAAAACUAAUCAAAAGAAACCGUGUAACAAAAGGAAGUUCUACACAAACAGAAGAAGAAAGAAGUAUAGAAAACCGUGCAUUGAAGUUGAGAUAUAUCCCAUCCAGUGUCUACUAAGAAACAGAAGAUGUUGAGUACAGCUAGCCAGAACCCUUUACUUUGGCCAUUGAUGUCCAGCCUACUGCUCUUAAUGCCCUUGGUGCCUCCUAAUGGGGCAGAUGAACCUAACUGCCAAGGAGCCUUUGACCUUUACUUCGUGCUGGACAGGUCUGGGAGUGUGGCGAGUAACUGGAUUGAGAUCUAUUCAUUUGUAGAAGUACUCACCGAGAGAUUUGUGAGCCCACGCAUGAGACUGUCCUUCAUAGUGUUUUCUACACAGGCAAAAACAAUCCUCCCACUGACAGGUGACAGAAGCAAAAUUGCAAAGGGACUUCAAGAUUUGCAUGACGUAAAGCCAGCAGGGGAAACAUACAUGCAUGAAGGUUUUAUGCUGGCAAACGAGCAGAUUGAGAAGGCAGGAGGUAAGAGUACCGCGAGCAUAGUUAUCGCUUUAACAGAUGGCAUAUUGGCGGAUCAGAUACCAAUACUGACAGUAAAGGAGGCUGAUAAAGCUCGUGAUAUGGGGGCAAGAGUCUACUGUGUUGGGGUAAAAACGUUUAAAUAUGAUCAGCUGAUAAAAAUAGCCGAUUCUAAGGAACAUGUGUUUCCUGUAGAAGGAGGAUUCAAAGCACUGGGAGGGAUCAUCAAUUCAAUUUUGGAGAAGUCAUGCACAGAAAUUUUACAAGUAGAACCAUCAUCUGUCUGUGUUGGUGAGGAGUUUCAUGUCGUCUUGAGAGGGAAAGGAUUUUUAGUAGGCCGAAAUUUGGAUGAAGUCACCUGCUCUUUCCUUGUGAAUAACACAAAAUGGAAUGAAAAGCCGGUUAUUGUGGAGACUAAUUAUAUGCUGUGCCCAAACAAAGUAUUAUAUGAAGCGGGACAGACAAUGGAGGUCUGGGUGAGUGUGAACAAAGGAAAUACUCCUCUUACCGAUCCACAGACAAUAACUGCUUCUAGCUGUACGAGUGGUACUAUUGCAAUCAUUGCCAUCCUGGUCAUUUUACUCCUCAUUGCCCUUGUCUUGUUUUGGUGGUUUUUUCCUUUAUGCUGCAAAGUGGUUAUCAAAGAUCCUCCUCCACCCCCACCACCAGCUAAAGUUGAGGAACCUGAAGAAGAUUCUCUCCCUCAAAAGAAGUGGCCUACAGUGGAUGCUAGCUAUUAUGGUGGACGUGGUGUUGGUGGCAUCAAAAGAAUGGAGGUACGUUGGGGAGAUAAAGGGUCUACUGAAGAAGGUGCAAGAUUAGAGAAAGCCAAAAAUGCUGUGAUAACAAUGCCAGAAGAAGAAGAGCAACCAACGAACCCCAAACCUCCGAAACCUAAGCCUACCUCACCAGUUUAUCAAACCAAAUGGUACACUCCAAUCAAGGGCCGACUUGAUGCACUAUGGGCCUUGUUGCGACGACAAUAUGAUAGAGUUUCUUUGAUGCGACCUCAGCAAGGAGAUGAGGGUCGCUGUAUGAACUUCUCCAGGGUACCAUCCAAUUAAUUAAAACGAACACUUAUCUGCCUUGUUUUACCAAAGAGCAUGCCUGCGUGUAUGUGAAUUUCAUAGAAGAGUUAGUUCUGCAAUAUGGAACAUGUGCCUCCAAAUCCUAUCCGUGCGCUUUUUGCAUCACCGACUAUCUAUAUUUUCUCAUAUUUUCGAAACCUACAGCGAAUCAGCAUAACAAUGCAGACUCGAUAUCCACAAGGGGUAAACAAAAUACACUUUGAAGCAUUAAUACAAAACUAUGCCGGAAGUCAGUUACACAUUAAUGGACAUUCCAGACAAAAUAUGUCUUUAUUUGGACGAGCAAAGCUUCGGGUUAGAAAAGCAGUGUUUCGAUUUAAAUAGGAAUUGCGGGCCACAAGUGAAAGAAAUAAUUUCCACCAGGCCAUACAAGUGCAAGAGUUCAGUAGCUUGUAGCAAUGUCACAAAACAAAAUCUUUUCCAAUAUCCCAUCUCAGCGUGCCUAACGGCUAGCUUCCGACUACAAAUCUUGCCAUUGUAACACUGAGAAGUGCAUACGCAUGACAAAAUGUAGACAGGAUGCCUGAA